ACUUCCGCUAAAAACGGAAGUAGGUACGUGGCCGCUUCAGGCAGCUGACAUUCUGCAUGAUGGCGACAGAGGUUCAGAGCGCCGACCUCAACAAUGGCAGUUCUAGCCGGCUCGAAGUUUCCAUCGACGGCCUCACCCUCAGCCCCGACCCCGAGGGCGAGCAAGUCGCUGAACCUGACCACGAUACCGGGGACCAGAGCGCCACCUACGAUAGGGAAGAAGGCGAGUCUUCCAAAACCACGAUAGAGAGGAAAUGGGGCUUUGGUUUGCUGGAGCUAUACAGACUAGCCUUGAAAUUCUUCAAAGAUAAGGAUGGCAAGGCCUUCCACCCCACCUAUGAAGAGAAGCUUCGUCUGGUGGCCCUCCACAAGCAGGUGUUACUGGGGCCAUACAACCUCGACGCCUCUCCAGAGGUGGGCUUCUUUGACGUCCUGGGAAAUGACCGCAGGAAAGAGUGGGCUGCUCUGGGUAACAUGGAGAAGGAGGAGGCUAUGGUGGAGUUUGUCAAGCUGUUGAACAAAUGCUGUAAUUUAUUUGCACCCUAUGUCACCUCCCACCAAAUAGAGAAGGAUGAGCAGGAGAGGAAACGGAGGGAGGAGGAGGAACGACAGCGCCGGGAGGAUGAAGAGAGGGAGCGACAGAGGCAGGAGGAGGAGAGACAGAUGAUCGAAGAGGAGGAGAGGCUGAAGAGGGAGGAGGAGGAGAGGAGGCAGUUGGAGGAGGAGAGGCUACGGGUGGAGCAGCAGAAACAGCAGAUCAUGGCAGCACUGAAUGCCCAGACGGCAGUGCAGUUCCAGCAGUAUGCUGCCCAACAGUACCCAGAGAACCCUGAGCAGCAGCUGGGUCUCAUACACCAGCUACAGGAACAACACUACCAACAGUACAUGCAGCAGCUCUACCAGGUCCAGCUGGCACAACAACAGGCAGCCUUACAGAAGCAGCAGGAGGAUGCAGUGGUGAAGGCCACCCUGGAGGCCACUAGUGAGCCUGUAGCUGCAGCGCUCCCGGCUAGAGAGAAUGUCCCCUUGCUCAAUGGCCAGUCAGACUCCCACUCUGAGGGCACGGACAGAGAGCCAGAGCGCUUAGAGCCUGCUGAGGAGGCCACUGAGAAUGGGCCAAUAGGUACACACGCGCAAAGGCCAGCAGACUCGCCCCCGGUCAUAGCAGCCCCCUCCAUGUGGACGCGACCCCAGAUCAAGGACUUCAAGGAGAAGAUUCGGCAGGACGUGGACAGUGUGAUCACGGUGGGGCGUGGCGAGGUAGUGACAGUGCGAGUGCCCACCCACGAGGAGGGCUCCUACCUCUUCUGGGAGUUUGCCACAGACCACUACGAUAUCGGCUUCGGAGUCUUCUUUGAGUGGACAGAUGCCGCCAAUGCCUCGGUCAGUGUGCACGUCAGCGAGUCCAGCGACGAAGACGAGGAUGAGGAAGGUGAGCCCCAUAGUGAGGAGGAGAAGGCUAAGAAAGAGGCAGGGAAGCCGCAGGUGGAUGAGAUAGUGCCGGUGUAUCGGCGGGACUGUCACGAGGAGGUCUAUGCCGGCAGUCACCAAUACCCUGGCCGUGGGGUCUACCUUCUCAAGUUCGACAACUCUUACUCUCUUUGGAGGUCAAAAAGUGUCUACUACAGAGUCUACUACACCAGAUAAGCCUGGAGGGACUACAGGAGAGUGUGUUUGAAGAGAGGAAGGGGGGGAUGAGAUGAUCUGUUCUGGACUAGAUCUCCAGAGGGCGAUGGAGUUGCGUCGGACUCCCGUUGGAGAUGGGACUCCUGUCUGUGUGUGUGUGUGUGUGUGUGUGUGCUUACACCUCAUUGGAGCCUGUGGAGUCCGGGAGGUAGUUAACCCUGGAGUGUGUUCCCCACCUGUCGUCUUCUCGAUCUUAGACAUCAACUCUAGGACUUUCUUGUAUUUAAUGGCCAUCUUUCCUGCCCAAACAUCAUCUAACCCUAGUCUGCCCUGUCAUGUCAUUGUUCUGGCUGUGCUUCUCUCUGAGUGAGACACUCCUUAACCUGAGUUCAAAUUUAACACAACUGAAGUCCAAUGAGAGAAGUCAUUGGUCAAAUGGAGUCCAAACAUAGUGACACACUACACUACAGCACCAUGCCUUUGUACUCCAGAAGGAAUACCUCAUAGACCACCAUGGAGUAACACUAAAACACACUCAUCUGAACACAGUCAGUUACUCCUCACAAGUGGCAACGCUUCUAUUGCAAGAGCUACGCCCAAAUCCACAUCAACCCCUAGCUCCUACCAGCUACAUACUUCUGGAGGUCUGAGAGGGUUGGAUUUAAGACAUAAGCAAUAUUGCAGAAUUUCUAGUAUAGCCUGUCCUAGGCCAUGGUGGAGCUAUUAUCAUAUUGAUAUUAUCUAAGCAAUCCUUUCAGAUCGCCACAAGUGCAAAUGGGGGAGGGGCUAGAGAUUAAUUUGGGAUUGUACACUGUUCUACUGAGCGAAGGAUAAUGAAGAGCAAGGGGUUAGAAGGGGUAUAGGGUUGGAAGAGGGAUAUGACAUGUACAUGGAAAAGUUCGGUAUCUCAAAAUGGAAUGCUGAAAAAAGCGAGAUUGUGUCUAAAAACCAUUUAAUUCAUAUUUAUUAUUCACCCUUUCUUGUAGUGUAGGAUCAUUUUUGUGUCUGUAUAAUAUUUGGGUGUAUUUCAUCUCCAAACAGUGGCCUCCCUGCUUCACGAGACAUGCCUCUCUAGUCUUUUAGAUGCUUCCUUUCCUUCAUGGCCACUGAUCUCAAAGGACAUGAGAGGUGAAAAUUAUAAGGAUGGAAACUUACCCAUCUUUCCCUAUCAGUGGCUAUGAAGGACAAGGGGACAAGGAAAGGAAUCCAGUAAGGUGUAUUGGGACACCCCCAUGUCUGUUCUGAAGGAGACUGGGCAUUGUCAUCUAUUGAUCACUCCUGUGUGUGUUGAGUUUGUCUAUGGACUGGAGAUGCUAAUCCUAUUUCAUACAUACGAACUGCCGGCUAAUAACUUAGAGGGAAUCAUCAGUUGAAACAAUUACACAUUUGAAAUCCCCACCCCUGUUUCAGUAAAAAGUUGAGGGAUAGGCCUGGAGAAAGGUAACCACUCUCAAAUUCAUUGACAGAGCUAUGGAUGCAAGGACUGACCAUCCAUGAUUACAAUUAUAGUUUUAACCAUAUAUAGUGCUAGUUUACAUUUACUUUGUUUACCAACAUUGGAGUGAAACAAGCUUAUAUUUGAAGUUCUGAUGGGUUAUGACAGUUGAACUGAAGUCAUGAAGAAUUUAACUUGGAAAUGCCUCAAGAAUCAAUGGGAAUAUUUCAUUCAUUCAGAAGUCCGAAGAGGGAUGAUGCAACUGCACAUUCCCCUUUAAGAUGAGUUUUACUGUGACCUCUCUCGAGCAUUUGAUCUUUCUGUCCUAAAUGGAUUGAUUCCGAUGUAUUUAUUUUUUUCUCUCAAAUAGGACUGUCUGCUAUCGCUAAUAAACUGAGAUGAUCACGUCUAGCUCUCUAGUCAUCCAUGUCUCUUUGUUGAGAGUGAUCAGUUAACCAUCAGUUACUAACUGAACUCAGACUGAGCUCUGAAGGUGUGUUUUUCUUUAACUCUUACUGUAUGAUCUCUUAGUUGUUUAUCUUGUUGCCAUUAUUUGGUAUUGUCCAGUCAGAUGUUCCUCCACAUUGCAUCUGCAUGCUUUGUGUUUCACUUGAAGUUAGUCAGCCACCAGGUUUUGUUUAUUUAAAGAAAAACAAAUAUUUAACUAGGCAAGUCAGUUAAGAUCAAAUUCUUAUUUACAAUGACGGCCUACUCCGGCCGAACCGUAACCCGGAUGCCGCUGGGCCAAUUGUGCGCCGCCCUAUGGGACUCCCAAUCACGGCCGGUUGUGAUACAGGCUGGAAUCAAACUCGGGAGCUGAUAAUUCUGUUCUUCUUUUGAAAUACUUUUUUGAUGAAUCAUACCAUUGUUUGGUUUCUGAUGGGUUUUCAAGUCUCCUUUCCAUUCAAAGAUGCCUGACAUUACCUUAACACUUAAUAACGUCCACUGUGCCGAGGUUGGUUGCACAUCAACAGGGGUCAGAAAGAGAUUGAAAUAGAAUAAGGCCUACCGGUAAGCCAAUCACCAACUCCGUCUCCUAUUUGUAGUUUGUACUGGUUGACUUGUGGCAAUGGUUUUCACCCAGAAAUUGAGAAAUGCAUCAUGCAAGGCACUAUUGAUGGUAAAGCUAGUUAGGAGCCACAAAGUUCAAGAAAGUCCCCAUUGUUGAGCUCUUUCAUUGUGUUCUGUUCAUUUGUCUGUAGUACUUUUGCUCACCAACUUUAAGCCUAAUGAUACAGAUUGUUCUAGCCUUGUAAGUAUAUCAUUAUAUAAAUGGGUUUAAGUGUGGGUUCUAGAGAUGGGGGGGGGGGGGGGGCAUGAGUUGAUGCACUGCAAAGUAUAGAGAAGUGGAUAUUAUGUACAUUGUUCCCAAAAAAGUCAAACUCUAAAGUAUAAACUGAAAGACUGGAUGAAAUGUGGGGGGGGAAUUUUUGAAUUGCUUUGACUUUUUUUGAUCUGUAUGCGUUUAAAGAAGAAUCUGGCAUAUUUAAUAUUGAUUAAACUUAUGUUCAUCUCUAUUA